AACAAUACUUAGUCUUGAGAUCUUCAAAAAUAUCUGGGAGCUUUGACAAAAAAGACGAAGACAAAAUGUCCAUUAGAGCUCAAGAAAUUCAAACCCUUGAAGAUGGGAAGACAGAGGAAUUUAUAGGCGACGAUGGAGUUCUUAUAGAGGUGAAGAAACUCGAGAAGAGCUCGCGUCGAAUUCGUUCGAAGAUUGGAAUGGAAGCGAGUCUCGAUUCCGUUUGGAGUGUAUUGACUGAUUACGAGAAGUUAUCUGAUUUUAUUCCAGGUCUCGUUGUUAGCGAAUUGGUCGAGAAAGAAGGCAAUCGUGUUCGUCUUUUCCAGAUGGGACAGCAGAAUUUAGCACUUGGUCUUAAGUUCAAUGCCAAAGCUGUUUUAGAUUGUUUUGAGAAAGAGCUUGAGAUUUUGCCACAUGGGAGGAGACGUGAAAUCGACUUUAAGAUGGUCGAAGGCGAUUUCCAAUUGUUUGAAGGCAAAUGGUCUAUCGAACAACUCGACAAAGGGAUUCAUGGGGAGGCUUUGGAUUUACAGUUUAAAGAUUUUCGGACGACGCUUGCAUACACUGUGGAUGUAAAACCGAAGAUGUGGUUACCAGUGCGGCUAGUUGAAGGAAGAUUGUGCAAAGAGAUCAAAACUAAUCUUACGAGUAUCCGAGAUGCAGCUCAGAAAGUUAUUGAAGGUGUUAUUCAUGAUCUUUGAGUUUUCUCUUUAAGCCAAGCUGAGGUAGUGUUUCACUUCUCUGCAGGUUAGAUAUAGAUACAAAUAAGCCUAUAUAAUUUUAAAAUCUUAUGUAACUUUACAUUCACAGUUGUUCUCAAUUGUAUAUUCUGAAUCUUGAGGCUUUCAAUAUAAGUUUUUUCGACAU